AUGGCUGAGAAACUCAUCACCCACGCGCUGCGAGACGCACUGUUUCAGUUCGCGGUCAAGUCCAGGAAGCUGGCGUCUCCGAUGUUGCGGGCGUUGGGGCGCGCGUCGACGGGGCCGGUCACCGUCGGCGACGACGAGCUGGCGGCGCUCAGGUCCAUGCUCCGCAGGGUCCACGCCGCGCUCCGCGACGCCGACAGCCUGUCCGUCACCGACCACUCCGUCCGCCUCUGGCUCGCCGAGCUCGGCGACCUCGAGUACCGCGCCGAGGACGUGUUCGAGGAGCUCGAGUACGAGUGCCACCGCGCCGCGCAGCUGGAGGACCUCAAGAUCGACCUCCUGCGCGCCGCGGCGCUGGCGACGGGGAAGCGGAAGAGGGAGGUCGCGCAGCUGUUCGCCGCCGCGCCGGCCGCGCGCCUCCGCCGCAAGAUCGACGACAUUUGGGCGAGGUACGAGGAGAUCGCGUCAGAUCGGAAGAAGCUCCGGCUAAGGCCCGGCGACGGCGCGGCACGGCCGGCGGUCGGUGCCCUCGUGCCGAGCAGCUCGCUCCCCCGUUGCCAGAUCCACGGCCGGGAGCGCGACCUCCAGAGGGUCGUCGAGAUGGUCUGCCAAAGCCAGCCCGACGGCAGGAGAAACUACGCCGUCGUGGCAAUCGUUGGUAUGGCCGGCGUUGGGAAGACGUCGCUUAUGCAGCACGUCUGCGGCGAGGAGGCCGUCGCGUCGCGUUUCGACCUCGCGCUCUGGGUCUGGGUGUCCCAAGAGUUCGAUGUCGUCGGCGUGACGGCAAAGAUCGUUGAGGCCAUCACCAGGUCACGCCCCGACUGCUCCGAGCUGAGCGCGCUCCACGGAACCAUGGUCGAACACCUUACGGGCAAGAGGUGCCUGCUCGUCCUCGAUGACGUCUGGGAUGACAACCCCAACCAUUGGGACACCAUCACCGCGCAGCUGAGCUUCUGCGCGCCGGGGAGCACAGUCGUCGUCACGACCAGGAGCAGGAUGGUCGCCAAGAUGGUUACCCCCAAUGUGUACCAUCUUGGCUGCUUGUCCGACGAACACUGCUGGCUCGUGUGCCAGCGACGUGCAUCGCACGGGUGCACCACCGCCACCAUUGAUGAUGAGCUUACCAACAUCGGCCAGCAGAUUGCAAAGAAAUGCAGAGGCGUACCAUUGGCAGCAGAGGCAGCAGGCACAGCCAUGAGCACCUCAAUCACCAGGAAGCACUGGACACAUGUACUGAAUAGCAACCUGUGGGCAGACAAUGAUGAGGCCAAGAACCAUGUGCUGCCAGCACUCAAGAGCUUCGUCUUCGACAAGGAUGCGCUGGUUCAGCUCUGGACAGCGCAGGGCUUCAUUGAUGCCGGAGGAGAACAGAGGCCUGAAGAUGUAGGCACCGGCUACUUCUAUGAUUUGGUAGCAAGAUGCUUCUUCCAGCCAUCCCCAUCUCAUGGAAUCGAUCAAGAGAAGUUUGUCAUGCAUGAUCUAUAUCAGGAGCUUGCACAGUUUGUUUCAGGCAAUGAAUGCAGAAUGAUACAACAUAUUGUUUCAGGCAAUGAAUGCCGGACGAUACAGCAGAGUAACCUGAACCGAGCCGACAAGACAUCGGCUCGCCAUUUGUCCAUUGUCAACAAUGAGUCCCAUCCUGAGCAAGAACUAUCAUUGGACUCAUUUUGUGGCCAAGAUCUGAGAACAUUCCUGUUUCUUUCAAGAUUGGAACAGAUCAUCCAUGGAGAAAUGCCACUCAGAAGAAAGAUUGCUCCAUAUGGACUGAUGACAGAUUUUGAAUGUCUAAGGGUUCUAGAUUUAAGCAACACUGACAUUGUGGAGGUACCAAAGUCUAUUGGAAGCCUGAUACAUCUGAGGUACCUUGGUCUGGAUAACACUAGAAUUCAGAUGCUGCCGGAGUCAGUAGGUGCUCUCUUCCACUUACAGACAAUCAAGCUUAACCAUUGUUCCUCCCUUACUCAGUUGCCCCACGGCAGUAAGCUCCUGCAGAACUUAAGAUGCUUUGAGAUAGCACAUUCCAAUGUACAGAUGCCAUCUGGGAUCAGAGCAUUGACUAGCCUACAGAAGCUACCUGUUUUUGUCGUCGGAGAUGGAUCUGCUGGAUGCGGAAUCGGAGAGCUGGAUGAGCUGAUAAACAUCAGAGGAGACCUGCACAUUAUAGGUUUAAGCAAUCUUGAUGCUGCACAAGCUGCCAAUGUCAAUCUAUGGAAAAAGGAGGGACUUCAGAAGCUAACACUCGAAUGGUGUGACAUACUUCAGAAUUCAGACGUGACAUUGCGUGAUCUGCAGCCAAAUGAAGCAAACAGAGUACCAGAUUGUCGUUGCGUGCCACAACAGAAUGACAGAGCAGCUCAGGUGUUACAGUGUCUCAGACCAAAUUCAAAUCUGGAGGAGCUCAUCAUCAAAGGUUAUAAUGGAUCAUCAUUCCCAUCAUGGUCACUGCCAAGUGUCCAGCUAGUUGGACCUGAAUUUCUUGGCGAUGUUGGAGAUAUCCCUUACAACAACAGGAAGAAAGCCUAUUUUGCUUUUCCUGCAUUGGAGUCUCUGAAGUUCAGGGAUAUGGGAGCCUGGGAGGAAUGGUCAGGUGUCAAGGAUGAACACUUCCCAGAACUUAAGUAUCUCAGCAUUGUUAGGUGUGGAAAGCUGAAGGUAUUGCCCAACUUCACUUCAGGACCAAAGCAGAGAAUCAGGAAUUGUGAGAAACUACUCCAGCCUCUAUGCCAGGGUGAAUGA